AUGGCUGAAAAGCCAGGCGCCGUUCCCGCUCGAGCUGACUUCCCGUGCUCCCGUUCUCCCCGCCAACUCUCCUCUUCCGCCACCGCCCCUCCCCCCUCCGCCUUUCGCGCGCGGAAGGGCGGGAGAGUCGUAAGAGCUCGGGCAGGUGAUAAAGACGUCAAGGGGGAGGGGCUGGAUCAGGAAGGACAAGGGGGAAAGGAGGACGGGCGGGAUGGGGAACAAGAGGAGGUGAAGGAGCGGGGAAGAAUAUUGGCCGAGAUUGCAUGGAGGACAAGUGUCCUUGGGCAGGCUGAAUCUGCGGCAUUUUUAAACUCGUUUCUUGAAACAGGAAAUGAGUCCGCGGGGAAGGAGACGGCGGGGAAAGGUGCGGAAGUCGCAGCGCGAGGGAGGGGGUCGGAUGUGACUGCAACGGGGGGUGGGAAGGACGGCCAGGGCGCGGAGGGCACACAAGGCGCGCAGGGCGGGCAGGAUGUGAUUAUAGGGGGGCAGGUGGUGCGGGUAACGCAAGAGGAUAUCGAUAUAGCGGAGAUGAUCGAAGUUCUCGAGUCGGCUUUUGAGGAGCUUGAGGAAAAGAUGGAUGAUGGGGGGAAUGAGGAGGCGGGGAAAGGGAAGGGGAAGGGGAAAGGAGAGGGGGAGCGGGAGGGGAAGGGGAGACAGGACGGGAAGGGGGAGGGGGAGGACGGGGGCAAAAUGGAAGGCGUGGCUGCUACUACUGGGGCCGCCAUGGCUGGACAAUACCUCUGGGCGUGGUCGUAUCGGACGGACACAACCAAGCCCCCCUCGCCGCUCUACUUCCUGCCGCUAUUCGCGCCCGAUAUCGGCCUAGUCACGCUUAUCACUCAAGUUGUAGCACCAGUCCCCUCUAGAGUGGCUCUCCUGGACCUUACCUUCCUCUCCUCCUCUGCUGCUAUCUUCUCCUCUUUUGCUCUCCUGCAAGCCUCCGCCGCGUUCCCCUUCCCUCCGGCGCCGUUCUCCUUUCCCUCCGACCUCUCUUCUUUGGGAUUCGAGCCCGCGGUUUCAAGAAUGGCAGAGGCAGCGGCAGCAGCAACGGCAGCUGGGGGGUCCGUGUCUGGGGUUAUCCCAGUGAAUCCAGGCCUGUUGCAGCAUUCUGCUUUGCUGCAUGAGCUGCUGAUACGCCUUCACGUGUCUGCCGUUUCCCUCCUCCCGGCUGUCGGCCUCCCAGGAGGCGACAUUCUCUACGCUCUCGUUCGAGACCCGCUCGUGCUCUCCCUCGCUACCACCGCGGUUACCAUCAUGCUUCUCGUCUCCAUCCCUCUCAAUUUCUCCUGGACCUGGGUGUUGCUGUUCCUGCUCCUGCCUCUCCUCGCCCUGGCUAAGAUCAGAAGGCCGGUGUCAGAGGCUCUUACGGCUCCGGAUCCUGUGAGGGUGUGUCUUGGGGUGGGGUUGUUGACGGCGGGGGUGGUUGUUCUGCUGCCUGCUCCACUGUUUGAGCUUGUGUUUGGGGAGCCUGCUGGGCCUGUGGCUGAGCAGAUUCUGAUUUCCCUGGGCCUGGGCUGA